CGCCCUGUUGAAGUGUGUUUUGUGAGACUAUAACGGAUGGCAACUGUCGAUAUAUUUGUGGGAAAUCACACUGUAGUUGAUCCUGACAUUUAUCAGCUUUGGAUCAAUGGUUAUUCAGGAUUUGAAGCUGCCAAACUUCAACAGGCUCGGGGUGUUCAACAGAAGUUUGGUUGUGUGUUUGACGACAUUGUCAGUGACACGUUGGACUAUUACAGACUGUUUACGUCGUUAGAGCGUCUGUUGAAGACUCCUCCCAAACUUGUGGACCAACAGGUCUAUCAACUAGACACAGCAACACUUCGUCUUCUCAUUCAGCAAUACUACAGCAUUGAUCCAUCAGUCGUGCGGGAGAUACUUGGCAAGAAAUUAUCAGCUCGGAACAGGAAAGAUCUGGAUGAUGUUAAUGAGAAGACCAAAGUACCUUUGCGCAGCUGUCGCAGACAGUUUGAUAACAUCAAGAGAGUGUUCAAAACCGUAGAGGAUAUGCUCGGCUCCCUGGUUCAAAAUAUCAAGAAACAUUACCUGGUGUCAGAACAGCUGGCGAAGCAGUAUGCAGCAAUAGUGUUCAUCACCAAUAACAAGUUUGAAACCGGAAAGAAGAAGCUAUCCUACCUGACAUUCGAUGACUUCUUUCACUGUGCUGACAAAAUGAUAGCCAACUGGUCAUACAGCUCUGAAGACUGUGAGAAUCAUGAAGACAUGGAUGUAGACCUGGACAGAAACUUUCUCCAGGAACUUAGAGACCUUAAAAUGCUGCUGGAGAAAGAGUAUUUGGAUGAACAUAAAAGCAUUGCUCUGCAGAAUGUAAAAUCCUGCGUCUCAGAAAAAAUUUAUCAAGAUAUGGAUAGUAAUUUCAGAACGUUUUCCAAAACUAUUGUCAACAUAGCUUACGGACUAAAUCACAGCAAAGAAGCAAAAGACAUAUUUGUAGACAUUGUGGAAAAGCUGAUCGAGCCCUUCCAGCAGCUAAGGUGGCAUCAAGCUGAUGUGUCAGCUUUCUUAACAGCUUACAAAGAGGCCUGUCAUCAGAUGGAGUUCUUUAUGCAGGUAGACCCAAGGUUGUUGUCUGUGUGGGAGAGAUACAUGAACACUCUAUCCAGCUGUAUAUUACAGAUGUACCACACGUAACAGCCAGGUGAACCACCACGUGACCUUGUAAAUAGUGUUGUAGUAACCAUGCAGUGGUACAGGAUAGACCAAUUCUACUCCUGGACCCCUUCAUCUGUGAACAAAGCAACCCUGUUUUUCUGAUUCCAUUGGAAAGUACUAGAGCAGUAAUGGACAAGAUGUUGUAGUGAGCGUGACUAAUGGUGCACUGAAUGGUCAGGUGCAGGAACAUCAGUUGGGUUUUCACAAGAUGACCUAAUAAAACCAUUUGCUUGACACGUUUGUAAAGCUCUGAUCUGGGGACUGAAGGAAGCUGCACUGUGGGUAUCCUGCUUUAUUCUGACGAAGACCAGGAAUCUUGCAGGCUUUACAACCUCCUGUUGCUGUCAGAGCAUAAUUCACCAGUCACAGGUCUGGAAUAAUUCCUUGAUUUUGCUGACCAAUGAGGUAAAGACAGUGAGACAAGAUCAAAUAUUGGGGCCUGGCAGGGCCUGUAACCAUGAUUUGGUAAGGGCUGGUUGCUGCCAUUACUUCAAAUUUGCUACAUUUAUGACUUUCUCAGAAAGUUUAAUUUUUAUUCACAUUCCUGUGUCCAUUUCAAGUAUACCUUGUAACUGAAUGUAUGUCAGCUGUAGAGAGAAUGACUUGUUUUUGUUUUGACUGGCUGUUUAUUGAUGCAUACAUGAAUGUACUAAAGAAGAUAUAGGUAUAUGUACUUAUUGCUAAAGUAUGCAUAUGGUUCUAAUAUGACCAACACUGGUACAAAUGUGGCUUCACAUGUAACUUUGUCAGGUUCUUGAGCAAGAAACAGUUGUUGAAUUCAGACACUUCACAGAUACAUGUAAACAUCUAAAAUUAGCAUUGGUCACUAACCAAAUAAAUACGUCAGUGAAUAAUUACUUGCUAUCAGCUUAAACCGUCAUUCAAUCCUUUGGGCCCUUUUAGCUCACUUCCUGGCUAAAACUUGUAGUCACUAUUAAAUAAUGAAUAUUGCUGGAACUUCCAAGUGCCCUGGUUUGAUGCUGAUCAAUGUUCACAUCCACAUUAAUGUGGCAUUAAACUGUAAUCAUUCUUU